GGGAGAACUUACGUAGUUGUACUCUUUUUACCUUACUAUGGUUUUUUCCCAUUAGGUUUUCCUGGAAAGGUUUUUAACGAGGCAACAAAGAAGUUAAGCGAGAAUGGAUAGUGACACCGGUCCCCAAGCGGGAGUGUUAUGAAAGCAGCAGCCGCCUUGUUUGAAAAUAUAAAAGGAUGUGAGGCCCGCUGCACUAUUUGCACAGUAAAUUUCUUUCUAUAUAUACGAACGUUUUCGUUCAUUGUAACGCAUUCCUCAACCUUCUCUUCUUUCUAUAAUAAACUCUUUCUAUCAGUGUUAAAAAUUCUACGGAUAUAAAUUUUGCUCUUAUUCCAAUUUUCGCGAUACAAUAAAAUUCCCGUUAUUUUUAUAACAAGAACUAAAUAAUUAAGGGUACAUAUGUCGUUAUAUAAUAAAGGGGCCCUAUAAUAAGUGGGUAAAUAUAAUACUUCAGAGUCUGUGUACACUGACAUUUAAAUAACCAAUCAUGUUUAAAUUAAUUUAAUUAAAAACCUUCAUACUUUUGUAUACAAUAUUAUAAGUAAUCAGAGACUAAGUGUCGAUGAUUUUUUUUUUUUUGACUAAGUGUCGUUGAUACUAACAAAAAAUAUAUAAAAUGCCAUAGUAUUUCUCUUUGAAAGUCCAAAUCUUACUUCGAAUUCUAUAUAUGUAUAUGUUUCUCUUUUACAUACAAUAAUUGCGAGUUGUCGAUGAAAUGAUCAAAUUGACAUAAUUUUAUAAGAUUUAAUAUGAAAUGACUUUGCAAUGGUUGUUGGAUGAUUUUCUCUUGUCCUGCAUUGGUUGUUGGAUGAUGUGAUACUACAGUGCCAACAGUUUAUAAAAAUAGAAAUAAAAUAAAUAUUUUGGACUGAUUAUAGAAUAGUAUUUUCAUGGGGUAUUCCUGGAGGAUGGAUAAGGCAUUGUCUUUGUAGGAAAAACUUUCAAAAAUACCUUUUUAGUUUGAUUUAAAAAAAAAAAUCUUUGGAGAACAAUUUGCUGAAUUAUCAUUCAAGAAUCAACAUACUUUCAGUAAAUUAUUUGAAAGGAUUUAUGAAGUAUAUACGUUCGCUGCUUCAGGUCAAGUGAAAGGUAUUAUUAUAUAGGCUAUUAGCACAACAACAAACAUGUGGAUAUAAUUAGUGUUUUAGGGGCUGAAGAUUGAAGACGAUCUUUCAUAGUCUCCUGAAUCCUUCUCUGCGAUACCAAUGAUUCGAGCCUGAUCUCCAGCCAAUUGAUCUGGAUAAGGUACGUGCUCAAGUUGCAGUCGACAAAUCGUUCAGCCUCAGUGCUUACGAAGUAGGCUAGUUGCCUUACUUGACGUGGGCCUGUGUUACUUAGGUUCAUUAGCAUAAACUGACUCGUUAGUAGAAUCCGGCCCGAAGAUUUAGGGUUUGGACUAUGACCAGAAACGCUCUCUUCCUAAAAGCCUGAUUAGCUCUCUCUCUUUUAAUGAUAAACGUGAUUAGCUUCUUUCCGUCGGAUUUGUAUUUAUAUAAGACGGAUUUUAUACAAAAAGAUUCCUUAGCAAAGUUGUCAUAAUAAAAUGUGUAGAUAGGCAUAUAUUAAUACUAUCAAGACUCAUAGAACACCCAAUAGAAACCAACAUGGAUCAAGAAGCUCUUCUCGUCGGAAAAGCUACGGACCAGCACCCGGAAAAACGCACUGUUUCGACCAUUUCGUGUAUUCUUGCAAGUCAGGCUUUGGAGAAACUUGCAUAUUACGGAUUAGUACCGAACAUGAUACUUUACUUGACGGUGGAGUACGGCAUGGGAACGACGGAAGCGGCCAACAUCCUCUUCCUCUGGUCUGCCGCCACCAACUUCUUCCCUCUUAUCUGUGCUUUCAUCGCUGAUUCAUACACGGGUCGUUUUCCUCUUAUCGGAUUUGGAUCCUCCACUAGCCUUCUGGGAAUGCUUUCAUUAUGGUUGGCAGCAAUGAUCCAACCAAAAUGCGACAAAUCAAUAGACGUAUGCCAACCAAUCACACCAUUCCAACUUUUUCUCCUAUAUUCAUUUUUUACCCUCACAUCCAUCGGUGCCGGCGGCGUUAGGUCCUCCUGCUUAGCCUUCGCCGCCGAUCAGCUCCAACUCAACAACACAACACGCAUCUCCACGUCAGCACUAGAAACUCUGUUUAACUGGUAUUACUUUUCGGUCAUGCUCGCUUACUUUCUCUCCGAGUCGUUGCUCGUCUUCGUUCAGACAAAGUAUGGUUGGCAAAUCGGUUUUGGAGUCUCUCUCGCUUCCAUGGCUCUAUCGGUCGCUUUGUUCUUUGCGGCUUCUCCGUUUUAUGUCAAGUUUAAGUGUGAGCAUGGCCUCGUUUCUGGACUUUUCCAGGUUCUUGUUGCUGCUUUUAGGAACCAGCACGUUGAUUUGUCAUCAGAGGAGUAUAUUAUAUCGUACCAUCAAGAAACAGGAUCUUCAUUUUCAAUUCCUAGCCAGAAAUUGAGGUAUUUGAACAAAGCCUGCGCCACUAGUAACCCAAGGCAAGACCAAACCCUAACAGGAAACUCACAGAACCCAUGGAAGCUGUGUACUGUACAACAAGUAGAAGACUUUAAAUCUCUAGUCAACGUUCUACCAAUCUGGUCAACGGGAAUCAUCUUGUCACUUGUUACAGCUUGUCAAGCCUCCUUCAUAGUUCUUCAAGCCAAGGCCAUGGAUCGUCGCACUUUCAUCAAGGGUUUCGAGAUUCCUCCGGGAUGUUACGGCGUUUUCAUGAUCAUUUCCUUCGUGCUCUUCCUUGUUAUUUACGAUCUUGUUGUAAUCCCGUCAGUGUCUUGGGCUCUAAAAAAGCCCUUUCGACUGGGAGUUAUGGUGAGAAUGGGAGCUGGGAUUGCAAUAUCGGUGCUAUGCAUCUCGACUCUAGCGAUAGUGGAGUACGUUAGAAGAAAAAGAGCUAGAGAGGAGGGAGGUACGCUGUUGUCUGCGAUGUGGCUAUUACCAUACAUGCUACUAGGAGGCAUUUCGGAAGCACUUAUUUCGAUAGCACAGAAUGAGUUCUUCUACUCCGAGCUUCCCAAGUCCAUGUCAAGCGUCGCCACCACACUCUCCGGCCUCAACAUGGCCGCCGCAAGCCUCGUCUCCUCCUGGAUCGUCACCGCAGUAGAUACCGCCACUUGCCGGACCUGGAUCAUAGAGGAUAUAAACGAGGGACACUUGGACUAUUACUAUUGGCUCAUGACAGCAUUUUCUCUUCUCAACGUUGUUUAUUUUGUUUGGUGUAGCAAAGCUUAUGGUAAAUGUAAAAGUGAUACAGAUAAUUCAAUAAAUUAAUUAUGUAAGUA